AUGUUUGGGACUGCUAUAAAACUCAAAGCCCCUCUCCGCUUUUUACGACCCAGAUUGUCACACUCCAUUCUUCUACCCAACCACCACCACCACCACCACCACUCCACCAUGGUCCUACCCCAUCAAACCCCAUAUGUCACCCCACACAUCCUCCACAAGAAUUAUGCCCAGGCGCACGACUCGGAGGCCUACAGCACUCUCAUCGGCCGCGACCUCGAGUAUUUCUCGCAUGCUGGCUUCGACAUGGACCGCAUCCAAAUCAAACGCAAUGCUCCGGUCGCGCUCCUGUAUGAAGACGCUAUCCGUAACGAGGGCGCGAUUAUAUCAUCUUCCGGAGCCCUCAUCAACUUUUCUGGCAAGAAAACUGGCCGCAGUCCCAAGGAUAAGCGCAUCGUCUUUGAAGAGACUAGCAAAGACGACAUCUGGUGGGGCUCCGUUAACAUUAAGAUGGACGAGCACACUUUCGAAAUAAAUCGCGAGCGUGCCAUCGACUACCUCAAUACCCGCGACAACGUCUAUGUCUUCGACGGCUAUGCUGGGUGGGACCCCAAAUAUCGAAUUAAGGUCCGGGUCAUUUGCGCCCGAGCUUACCAUGCGCUGUUUAUGAAUAACAUGCUCAUCCGGCCCACCGAAGAACAACUUGCCGACUUCGGAGAGCCUGAUUUCAUAAUCUACAAUGCCGGCCAAUUCCCUGCGAAUCGAUUCACCAAGGGUAUGAGUUCCACAACUUCGGUAGAGAUCAACUUCAAGCGCAUGGAAAUGGUCAUUCUCGGAACUGAAUAUGCUGGCGAAAUGAAGAAAGGUGUUUUCUCGGUCAUGCACUACCUGCAACCCGUCAAAUUUGGUCAACUUUCCCUUCAUUCCUCCGCCAACGUCGGUAUCGAGAAAAAUGAUGUCACGCUCUUCUUCGGGCUCUCUGGCACUGGCAAAACGACGCUUUCAGCCGACCCCAACCGUCUUCUGAUUGGUGACGAUGAGCACGUUUGGUCCGAUACUGGUGUCUUCAAUAUCGAAGGGGGCUGUUAUGCCAAGUGCAUUAACUUGUCUGCUGAGAAAGAACCCGAAAUAUUCAACGCUAUCCGCUUCGGCAGCAUACUCGAAAAUGUUGUUUACAACCCCGUCACACGCUUCCCCGACUACGAUGAUGUCAGCAUAACGGAAAACACACGUUGUGCCUAUCCAAUCGAAUUCAUCCCCAAUGCCAAAAUACCAUGCCAAGUUGACCGCCAACCUUCCAACAUUAUCAUGUUGACCUGCGACGCUUUUGGAGUUCUGCCUCCUGUAAGCAAGCUCAGCCCUGAACAAGCGAGCUAUCACUUCCUUGCCGGCUACACGUCGAAAACGCCUGGUACUGAGGAUGGCGUAUUAGAACCCAUCCCGACCUUCUCGACGUGUUAUAGCGCACCGUUCAUCGUCCUCCAUCCCGGUCGUUACGCCGAGAUGCUUGCGGAGCGUAUGGCCAAGCACAACGUCGAUUGCUGGCUCAUCAACACUGGCUGGACUGGGGGAAAGUACGGGACAGGCAGCCGAUGCCCACUCAAAUACACACGCGCCAUUGUCGACGCCGUUCACUCUGGCUCCUUGUCCAAGGCCGAGUUUGAGAACUUUGGUGUCUUCAACCUCCAGAUUCCGACGGCUGUUGAGGGCGUUCCCCGUGAACUGCUGAACCCAGAGUUGGCAUGGGCAGACAAGCAGGCCUUCCAACGGGAGGUGCGCAAGUUGGCCGGGAUGUUUUCCAAGGCGUUUGCGUUGUACGAGAAGGAUGUUGAUGAGAAAGUUCGUGCGGCGGCCCCACAACUUUAA